CCAAAAAAUUGAACAACAGAUAAAAAAACGAAACAAUCUGAAUUUCCAACUUAAAAUUUAAAAAAAUCAUAGAAUUCUUUGAGGACUUCUUCAACUAAAUAAAUAAAAACAGCAAAGAAAAUGGCCAAUUCAUGUGCCUCUAGCAAUGAAUAUCCCUCAAUUUUAUCAUCCGUGUAUUCUAAAAUUAAUGAAGCCAUAAGGUGCAAACAUUGCAAAUGUCCAUCGAGUUGCAACAGUUCCAAAAGUUCUUUGGAAUUUCGAUGUCCAUCAGAUGAAGUUCAAGAAAUUGACUACAAAAAGUUCAAAACGAUUCUUCAGCAAUCUAGUUCCAGAAGUGGAGACAACCUGUUUGACCAUUUGGUUGAGGUUAUAAAACGCAUAAUUGAUGAACGCCCAGUAAAUGUUACGGAUUAUUUUGAACAAUUUAGUCGCAAUGUUCGAAAAAAUAAACUUACUUCUGCUAUUGAACCAGUCGAAAAACCGCAAUUUCUUGAACGGGCUAAGUCAUUUUUAGAAUUUAUAAGGUCCACGGAUUUUCAAGAAAAAUUUAGUUACAUUGAUGAAUUUGAACCCUUUGGUGAAUCAGAAAUGACAAUCUAUCAAUCAUCCGAUUCGGCACAUGAAAAAAUUCAACGUACCUUAUUGGAUAACGAAAAUUUUCUUCAAAUUCAACAUUUUUUUGGAUUUUGUGGCAUAGGUUUAAACAUCGAUGAGGUAUUUCAACUAUCUUUAUCAGUUCAGAAAGUCCAACUUCAUCCGAAUGUUGAAAAUGCCCGUUUUUGGGGAAGAAUUUUUGGCUUGCAUGGAUCUUAUUAUAUUACAGAAGCAGUUCUCACUCAUGUUGAAACAGCAAACCGAUUAAAAGCUUUUAAAGAAAGCCUAUUGGAAGAUAUGAAAUCUUUCAUAUCCAAGAAGGAACAUGGUGAAAAUUCUGUUUCAUCUGAUAGUCAACUUAUUCCUGGUUCUAAAUGGCAGAAUUUUCCACAAGAAGAUUUAAAGAAAAUGCAACAGUCUACUGAACCUACUCCAAAACUUCAAUUUGAAGAAUUAUUUGAUGCUCCAGAAGAACCAAUAGGAAUUGGAUUAAAUCGGAAAACAUAUUUUGUUACAACUUCUUUGAGUGAAGAAUGGCAAGAGCUUCCUACAGUAGCACCAAGGCAUGUAAAGGCUUCGAAGAAAAUAAAAAAGUAUUUUACUGGAGAUCUUAAUGUUGACUUGAGGCCACUAUUUCCAGGAAGUGAAAAACACUACCUUAGAGCAAUGAUUGCAAGAAUCACUUCUGGAACUUUUAUCGCUCCUAAGAACUUCUAUAGAAGAAUGAGUCGAAAAGACAAAAAGUUAAUGGAAGAAAGUGAGGAAGUUGAUGAAGAAGAUUUUGAAUCAGAUGAAGAAGGUGAUCCUGAUAAUGAUGAUUUGAUAACGAAAAAUAAUGAUUAUAAAGAGCUUUCUCUAGAGGAAUUAACUUAUACAAGUAAUUGGGUUCAUGUGAGACCUAUUAUUUUAAACCAAGGCCGUAUACUUCAUGUUAAUGAGAAAACAGCUUUCGAAAAUUUGGAAAAGAAAGCCAUCUUAAGCAUGAAAGGAAGUGCUGGCAUUUAUGAAGAUACUGGCGAAGAUGAAAUUGAAGAUGAAGAAAUUCUUCAGGAAAAAGAAAUUGGAGAAGAAUAUGUUCAAGAAAUAGGUCCUGAACUGUUUUCUCCAUGUUCAAAAGAUAAAAAUAAAAAAGGUAUUCCAUCUUGGACUUCCCGAUACUCUAGUUUUUACAACGAAAUAAAUCAAAUGAUAAUGAUGAGGUCAAAUUUAUGGCCCGGUGCAUAUUCUAUAGCAUUUGAGAAUUUUUCAGAUUGCAUUUAUAUUGGAUGGGGUUUUAAAUAUGUGUCCAGAUGUAUUUCAUUGGAAGAACUUCCGGAUGUUGAAGCUUUAGAUUAUGCUGAUACUGCUGAAGAAAUAACUGAUCCAACUGUUGAAAUGGAAGAAAAAUGGCGACAGUAUCACAUGAAAAAGGCUCUGCCCAAGAACAAGGAAGAAGAAAUGAGUGAUUUUAGUGUAGAGGUUGAUUUUGAUGAUGAAGAUUAAUUAAUUCUGUAAUAAAUAUGUUUUUAUUCGAUAAAA